AUGGCAGUUUCACCAGAGGCCUACGCCAUCAUACAGCAGAAAAAAGCAAAAUACUGCCGCUUAGCCGACACUCAACAAUGGGAUAUUCGACACGUGAUUACGCAGAACGGCGUGACCUAUGCGUGGUCGUCACUAGCGGAUUGGGCUGCUUUCUUCAACAAUGCGAACAAGGAUUUGCAAGCAAUCCACAAUAUCGGCCCUGCCGAGAUGGAGCAGAUAUCCCCAGAUGAGAUCAAGGCCAACUGGUCGGUUAUAUAUCAUGUUGGCAACAAGGAGCCCGACUCGGGGGCUCAUGGUACUGGAGGCGGAUACUAUCACGAGACCUGGAGGAAGGUUGGAGACGACUGGUUCAUGGAAACAUUGAGGAUGGACCGAUUGUAUUGGAAGCUUUUGACACACUGA